GCCUAGUGCUGUAGACGCAAUUGAUUUUCAGUCCCGAGAACUGAAGACAAAAGGAUGUUCACGUCAUUCAGAAAGCAUGCUGAACUUAUAGGUGGUCAUUCAAGGCUUCACCGCAUAAGGAAGAGCUCUUCUGUUAAGGUGGACACCCACAGCGAAAGCACUACAUCAUCUGAGGAUGCUGCCCAUACCCUGCUUAUCCACGGCUCUGUUGAGCUCAAGAGAGGCUGGAGGAGGCAGAAGCGGCAACUCUUCUUGUUCAGCGAUUUGUUGCUGAUUUCCAAUACCAAGUAUAAGAAAAAGUUUAAGAUAAAAAAUCAAAUACCACUGAACACCAUGUGGACUGCCAACUGUAUGGACAGAGUGGAGGCUGCCAACAUCUGUGCUGGGAGGUCCUUUGUCCUGGGCUGGCCCACGGGGAACUUUGUGGCCACCUUCAGUUCUUCGGAACAAAAGGAAAAAUGGCAUUCUUUCCUUCAAAGGUACAUCAAUCUAGCCAAAGAGAAGGACCAGCCAAAAAGCAUUCCUCUCAGAAUCUUCACUGAGGACAUCAAGAACUGUGCCUGUUCUGUAACUGUAACAGUAACAAAUUCAGACACAGCAAAUGACAUUAUCAACAUGUCACUACCAAUGCUAGGAAUAACUGGCUCUGAGAAGGACUACCAGCUGUGGGUGAGUGCUGGCAAGGAAGCGUCCCCACACCCACUCAUUGGACAUGAACAUCCCUAUGUAAUUAAAAUGAGCCAUCUUCCAUCUACCACACUGCUGCCGCAGACACCAGAGGACUCCAUCUCUCCUUCCACCCUCCAGGAGUCCCUCCUUCUGGAGCAGGGGUUCGCAGAGAUGCAAGGCCAUUUAAUCCUGAAGCCCAGGCACCCAACCCAGAACAAGCAAGGGAGAGAUUCCAGCAAGAAGAGAGUUAAAACAUGUGCUUUAAGAACCUCGGCAUUUCAGAAGGGCUCCAACACUUGCCAGCAGAACCAGUGCAGAGCCGCUCCUUCUGCAAAGCCAGGACAGCUCUUUGGAGUUUCCCUCAUGGAUGUGUGUGAUAAAGACAACCUGCCCUCCACAGUUCUGGAUAUGCUUUCCUUUAUUAAUCAAAAAGGGCCACUCACAGAAGGCAUCUUCAGAAAAUCAGCCAAUAUAAAAUCAUGCAGAGUCCUAAAGGAGAAACUAAAUUCUGGGCACAAAGUGAACCUGGACAGCGAAUCUGUUCUUGUGGUCGCAUCCGUCUUAAAGGUAGGGAAGGUUCUAGCAUUAUCCACACACGAGCUUUUAGCGCAGCUGCCAAGAGCAAAUGUUGUUCUCUUGCGAUACCUUUUUGGAGUGUUAUACAACAUUGAGCAACAUUCCUCAUCCAAUCAGAUGACAGCUUAUAAUUUAUCAGUGUGUAUAGCCCCAAGCAUUCUUUGUCCACCUAAUUCCUGCAGCGUGGAAUUGGAAGACAACUUCAUCAAACAGAUUUCUCUUGUACAAUUUCUCAUUGAAAAUUGCCUCAGGAUAUUUGGAGAAGACAUCACUUCCCUCUUGGGAGAGAACUCAAUGAGUCGUGAUAACAGCGAGAAGGCUGCAGUGACAGAAAAACAAUCUCUUGAAUCCAAGCCAGUGCGAGUGGUAGUGAUUUUCAAAAAGGCACAACUGCAGAAUGAUACCAAGACCCCAUCUGGCAUGGGUCCACCCAGCUACCUGUCUACAAUUUUCUGA